AUGCAUAGAGUAGUGAUUAUGGCUGCUUCAAUAGGAGGCCAUCAGGAGACUGUCAAACUACUCCUAGACCAGGGAGCUAAUAUUAAUAUACAGGGCAGCUUCUUUAAUCAGGGAGCAGAUGUUAAUAUACUAAAUGGUAUCUAUAGCAAUGCUCUCCAGGCUGCUUUAAUAGGAGACCAGGGAGCAGGUAUCAAUGAGCAGGGCAGGCUCUUUGUCAAUACUCUCCAGGCUGCCUCAUCAGGGGGCUAUCAGAAGAUUGUCAAAUUCCGUCAGAAAAGUAGUGCCAUUACAUCGUCUUCAAAGCGGUCCGGCUCUACGUCCCCAGGAAAUCCUUUGAAGAGACUCCAUAAGAUAGAGUCUGAAUCUUCUGAUUUCUAA